GUGAUACCAAGUGUACACACAAAUUGAGCAUGCGAAAACCCUGGCAGAGUCUUGUGUAAAUGGUUGGCAUCCCUUUGAAAGGGCCUAACAUGUUGAAGCCCUGCACACUCCAUACAGACAUCCAUGUGAUAUUCAACAAUAGACAAUAGACAUCAGGCAUAAGUGAUAGUGGCGUCAGGGUUCCAAUCUCAACAGUUAUACAAUGGAAGGUGGAAAGCAACAAGAGGCGGUCUCACUUACCAUACCUCUCAUCCUUGAACAGAACAGACAAAAAUUAGGGCUUGCAGAAGAAAAGGGUGAAGAAAGCGGUCACGACACCAGUAGCAUCACUUUCUUUAAGACUUGUUUCAAUGGACUCAAUGCUUUGUCAGUCUGCGAUAUGGAGGCCAUGCCUCAAGAUGGGUCAUUGACUGCGCCUCUCAUCGUUGAUGAGAAGGAACAAAAUUUGAGACGGGAAGAUUUAGAGUCAAACUACACUCAUUAUACCAAUGGAACAACCUCUUCCUUCAAGACCAUUGUCAAUGGAUUGAAUGCUUUGUCAGGAGUUGGAAUACUUUCGACCCCGUACGCAGUAUCAUCAGGAGGGUGGCUGAGCUUGAUCCUUCUCUUUGUUAUUGCCAUUUCAGCCUUUUACUCAGGCUUAUUGAUAAAGAAGUGUAUGGAAGCAGAUUCAAAUAUCAGAACUUAUCCGGACAUAGGAGAGCGUGCUUUUGGUAACAAAGGAAGACUUUUGAUAUCAAUUUUCAUGUACGCAGAGCUCUACUUAGUCGCCACAGGUUUUCUGAUUCUAGAGGGGGAUAACUUGCAGAACCUGUUUCCCAACGUGGAAGUUAAAAUGGCAGGGUUCCAUAUAGGUGCAAGACAAACCUUUGUUAUAAUUGUUGCUCUUAUUAUCUUGCCUACGGUUUGGUUGGAUAAUUUGAGCAUCCUUUCUUACGUCUCUGCUAGUGGGGUUUUAGCUUCUGCUAUAAUUCUUUGUUCAAUUUUCUGGGCUGGAGCAUUUGAUGGAAUUGGAUUUCAUGAAAAGGGAACUCUGCUAAACUGGGAUGGAAUCCCCACUGCUGUUAGCUUAUAUGCCUUCUGUUACUGUGCACAUCCUGUAUUCCCCACCCUGUACACGUCUAUGAAGAAGAGGCAUCAGUUCUCAAAUGUCCUGCUUAUUUGCUUCAUUUUAUGUACCUUCAGCUAUGCAUCAAUGGCUGUUAUUGGAUACUCGAUGUUUGGGUCUGAGGUUGAAUCGCAGGUAACCUUAAACCUACCGAUCAAAAAGUUAAGCUCAAGAGUGGCAAUAUACACCACCCUGGUCAAUCCGAUAUCAAAAUAUGCAUUGAUGGUUACACCAAUAGUGAAUGCUACAAGGAAUUGGUUUCCAUGGUACUGCAACAAGAAGCCCUUCAACAUUUUCAUCAGUACCGCUUUACUGAUCAGCACUGUAAUUGUAGCCCUGGCUGUCCCUUUCUUUGGUUAUCUCAUGUCCCUGGUUGGAGCAUUCUUAAGUUUCACAGCUUCAAUUAUACUUCCAUGUUUAUGUUACCUGAAGAUUUCAGGCGCUUACAGGAGACUUGGAUGCGAAGUGGUGGUAAUUGGGGGAAUUGUAGCAUUGGGUGUUGCAGUCGUUAUAUUUGGUACUUACACUGCUCUCUUGCAAAUUAUAGGGCAUUUGUAUAACUAGCUAAAGCAUAUAUAUAUUAUUUUAGAAAUUUCUUUGAAAAGAAGGGAGAUGCCAAGAUUACCUUCCCCACGACAAGACAAGCAAGCUUAGCUACUCCAAUAAAUUUUUGUUUUUUUUUUAAUCCUGGUGGUAUUUUAAGUGCUGUAGUCAAUACUUGCUAGCAAUAUACUUCGAUUCGUCAUUCCUAGUUUAUUUAUUUCUUGUACAAGCUUGUAUACAUUUUCACUUGUAUGAUAAGGGUAAGAAUUAAGUGAAUUGAAUUUAUCAACUGUUCAUUGCGACUGGAAA